CCCGUGGGAGACAGAGAGAGCACGGAGUAAAGAUCUGUCCUGCGGCACUGCAAGUCACUCUCACUACCGGGAUAUCGUUCAUUUAGAGGCUCAAUGAUGGAGGUUCCACGCGUGGGACACAGUGUCAGCAGCCCCACGAGUCCGUGUGAGGACAUGAUAAAGAAUCUCAGUCUGGACGCCAUCCAGCUUUGUGAGAGAGAAGGAAAUAAGUCCCUGGACAGCGGCAUUGCCGAGAUGGAGGAACUUCCUAUUCCCCAGAACAUCAAAAUAAGCAACAUCACAUGCGACUCCUUUAAGAUCUGCUGGGAUAUGGACUCCAGGUCCAAGGAACGCAUAACGCACUACUUCAUCGACCUCAACAAGAAAGAAAACAAGAAUGCCAACAAGUUCAAACACAAGGACGUCCCCACUAAACUGGUAGCGAAAGCUGUUCCUUUGCCCAUGACAGUGCGAGGACACUGGUUCCUGAGUCCACGCACUGAAUACACUGUGGCCGUUCAGACCGCGUCCAAACAGGGUGAUGGAGACUACGCUGUGUCAGAAUGGAGCGAGAUCAUUGAAUUCUGUACAGCCGAUUAUUCCACUGUUCAUCUCACACAGUUACUGGAGAAAGCCGAGGUCAUUGCCGGCAGAAUGCUGCGGUUCUCAGUCUUUUAUCGAAACCAACACAGAGAGUACUUUGACCACACAAGGGAGGCCCAAAACAACAAGAUGUUGCCAUCAGUGAAGGACAACAGCGGCAGCCACGGUUCGCCCAUCAGCGGGAAGCUCGAGGGCAUCUUCUUCUGCUGCAACACCGAGUUCAACACGGGCAAACCCCCACAGGACUCGCCAUACGGCCGUUACCGCUUCCAACUGCCAGCCGAGGAGCUCUUCAGCCCCAAGACAAACCUGUAUUUCGCCGACUUCUACUGCAUGUACACGGCCUAUCACUACGUCAUUCUGGUGAUCGCGCCGAAGGGCUCGUCUGGAGAUGAGUUCUGCAAGCAGCGCCUGCCAGCGCUGGAUCUUGCCAACAACCGCUUUAUGACGUGCUCGGAGGAUGAAGACGGCCGGCUGGUGUUCCACCACGCACAGGACCUUAUCCUGGAGGUCAUCUACACCGACCCCGUGGAUCUGAGCCUGGGCACGGUAGCUGAGAUCAGCGGCCACCAGCUCAUGAGCCAGUCCACAGUCAAUGCCAAGAAGGAUCCCAGCUGCAAGACCUGCAACAUCAGCGUGGGACGCUAACCUACGAAACUGAACCCUCCUGCUGCCCUGAACAGCACAGAAAAUCGCCUUCUCCUUUCGCCGUCCUCCUUACCCAUUAUUGAACUUAUCCAUAAUUCCUUCUGGUGUCUGGUGGAGGCUCCUCCGCAGCAUGUGUCUCACAGCUUUUGACAAAAUGCUUUUUUUCGUUUACUAGCUAAUGGAUCUUGGCCCUGGGUUUGGGUUAGAUAUGUCGUGCUCCUAUUUUUGUGUUGGGAUGUUGACCUGUCAAUCGAACUGCUUCUUUAAUCCUAUUGGCUGUCAGACCUUCCUGUUAGAACGCAGAAUUGUAACCAAAGUUUCCACAAAUUUAACACUAAAUGCUCAUCAAGUCACUCAAAUCGGUGAAUCGAGACAACCGUUCUUAUGAGGCAUUAUGAAUGUGAGGAUAUCAAGUGAGAUAUCUCAAAAAAACAUGAUUGGACGUAUCUGUAGCAUGAUUGCAAACAUUUUUGGAAACGUUGACAUUAGCACUUCCAUAACGCUUCUUCAGCAGUGUUUCAUGUUAUCUAUUCCAACCCAUCCAGUAUACUGUGAUUUAACAUAUAAUAAAUGUGAUACGACGUGUAGAUAGAAAAAUAUUAAUUUUUUAACUGGUGAAUAGAAAAUGGACAGAAUCAGAAGUGCACAAUACAGGACUUUGGUGAUGGAAAAGAAAAGGUUCACGAUAAAGCAAAUAUAUAUAGAUAAUUAUAUAUAUAUAUAUAUAUAUUUACUGUAUAAACCAAUGUAGUUACGUGCACUAUAGCUAACAUUCAAAAGCUACAUUUGUCAUUGUGGAUGUGUACAGCAAAUUAAUUCUGGGACGACGAUAACAUGACAGAAUAACCACACCUGAUUGUAGCACAAUUCAACAGUUUACGCUGGUUGGCAUGCAAAGACACUACACAAAGAUUGUAAUAGUUCAUUGCAGUAGAGCCGUCGGAAAGGAAAGAUAUUGAUUGUUUCGUUUCCAGAGAGUAGCUACUUGAGCAGAAUUGCACUUAAAGCGCACAUCCGCUUCUCAUGAACAUAUCUCCAGCUUUGGGCUUCAGUAUUGUUUUUAGUGUACGACGUGAUUGGACAGUGUUCGUUUUAACCAAUAUAUCAUGUAUAGGAGGAAAACUGUGCUCUGUGAUGGCCACGUACCAUACUUUAACACGUUUUUGAGAAAAAUAGAUCUUUAAAAAUACAAUCCUUAGCUCUUCUGGGAGAAUCUUUUCAAUUUUGUGUAGUCUGUCUCAUUUUGUGCUCCCUUUUUAAUGCGAGAGACGAAUAUAUGAGAAAUGAACAAUUACGUUUUGUUAGUUCAUACAAUGCAUACAAUUACGGUUUGUUGCUGCUGUAUUUUUAUGUUAGGGAACUCAUUGAAAUUUGCAUAAAACCAUUGUUUUAAGUGCUCUGGGUUGUUUUCUAUGUAGAGCGUUGCAUUAUUUGACAGGCUAGAGAUUGCGUCCAGCCCCAGAGAAUCAUGGAUCCUCAUUAGUGUGCAUAAUGUCACCAUGUUCCUAAUUAGAAUCAUAAACUAGCUCAAACGAGAGCAAGAAAACACAAAAAUUGCAUACGAUUCGACUUUGGUCAAAAAAAAUCUUCUCCAAA